GUUACUUCGCGAGAUUUGCUUGGCGCCGCGACCUCAUGUGAGACACCUCCUGCUUGAGAGCCAGUCCGACGUUACCUCUGCAGAGGAAAACGCAACGGAGCCCCAAAAAUGGUUUAUUUCCGUCUCAUCUGAGCCCAAAAAACACGUUUGUACCAAGAAAGACUUUUUUUUAUCCAUUGUUUAUUCGAGGCCUAGCAGGGGCGCCGCGCAACGAUGUGGAUCCAGGUUCGCACGAUAGACGGGAAGGAGACGCGAACCGUUGAGGAUCUUUCUAGACUGACCAAAAUUGAGUCUUUACGGCUGAAAAUACAGGAGAUCUUCAAUGUGAGCCCCCAACAGCAGCGCCUCUUCUACCGAGGGAAGCAGAUGGAAGAUGGUCUGACGCUUUUUGACUACAACGUGGGUCUCAAUGACAUCGUCCAGCUGCUGAUUCGGUCUCAGACCGACCCCCCGGACAGUCCUGCCACCAAGGACGCCUCAGGUGUUGCAAGUAGCUCAGCUCCUCUGCCUGACUCGAAGCCUGAAAACCUCCGAGCUCCGGUCUCCUCCACAGAUAUGGAGACCUCAUCCGACACGGACAAUAAGAACGAAAGCGACCGUGCCACUGUAAAUGAAACCACCAAGCCAGAAACCGUCGCUGCUAGUACCAAAAAUGGGUUCAGGUCCUCCAGUCCAGCACAGGACACUCAGCCACCCACAUCCAGCCGGAGCACGUUAGUCAACCCAGGGAUUGGCUUGUACAAGAUUAACGAGUUGGUGGACUGUAGGGAUGUAAGCAUCGGUGCCUGGUUUGAGGCCUGCAUUGAAAAUGUGACACUUUCACCCAAAGGACAAAUAACACCCACUAAGGGAAAGGUGGGCCGGCCCCCUAAAAGGACAAACGGGAAGCUGGAGGCUGAGCAGGCACAGGCCCAUGGACAAGGUCAAACCACGGACAAUAACAGGAAUAACUCUGUGUUAAACUCUGAAAGUAACGGAGCCUCCACCUCUCAGAAAGACUCUACCACAGAAACCAAGGAGAAAGAAGAGGACAUAGCUUACCACAUUAAAUAUGAAGACUAUCCAGAGAACGGUGUCGUAGAGAUGCGCUCCGUAGACGUAAGGCCCCGUGCCAGGACCCUGCUGCGGUGGGACCAGCUCCAGGUGGGGCUGCAGGUGAUGGUCAACUACAACAUGGAGACCCCAGAUGAAAGAGGUUUCUGGUACGAUGCAGAGAUAGUGGCCAUAAAUCAAACCUCUCGCACCAAUAAGGAGCUCCGAGUUAAUAUUCUCCUGGGCGGUCCUGAAGAUGUGAUCGGAGAUUGUAAAGUUCAGUUUUUAGAUGAAAUCUACCAGGUGGAGAAACCUGGAGCUCGUCCCCUCUCAAGCGCAGACGGACAGUUUAAACGGAAGAGCGGACCCGAGUGCAAGCACUGCAAGGCCGACCCCGACGCAGAGUGUCGCUUCUGCUCCUGCUGCGUGUGCGGCGGGAAGCAGGACGCUCACAUGCAGCUGCUGUGUGAUGAGUGCAACAUGGCGUUCCACAUCUACUGCCUCAACCCUCCGCUGGCCACCAUCCCAGAUGACGAGGACUGGUACUGCCCAACCUGUAAAAAUGACACCAGCGAAGUUGUUAAGGCAGGAGAGAAACUCAAAGCCAGCAAGAAGAAAGCCAAAAUGCCUUCGGCCACCACUGAGAGUCAAAGGGACUGGGGAAAGGGUAUGGCCUGCGUGGGGCGCACUAAAGAAUGCACAAUUGUUCCCUCAAAUCACUACGGACCUAUUCCUGGCAUUCCUGUGGGAACCACCUGGAAAUUCAGAGUGCAGGUGAGCGAGGCAGGCGUUCACAGGCCGCACGUCGGCGGCAUCCACGGCCGCAGCAACGACGGCUCCUAUUCGCUGGUGUUAGCUGGGGGCUUUGAGGACGAAGUGGACCGGGGAGACGAGUUCACCUACACUGGCAGUGGGGGUCGCGACCUCUCAGGAAACAAACGAAUUGGAGAGCACAGUUUUGACCAGACGCUGACUCACAUGAAUAGGGCGUUGGCCUUAAACUGUGAUGCGCCACUGAAUGACAAAGAUGGAGCCGAGUCCAGAAACUGGCGAGCUGGAAAACCGGUGAGAGUGGUACGCAGCUCUAAAGGUAGACGCAUCAGCAAAUACGCUCCAGAAGAAGGAAACCGCUAUGAUGGUAUUUACAAGGUGGUAAAGUACUGGCCAGAGAUCGGAAAGUGUGGCUAUUUGGUGUGGCGGUAUCUCCUGAGACGAGAUGAUCUGGAGCCGGCUCCAUGGACCCCUGAAGGACUGGAGAGGAUAAAGAAACUGGGCCUUUCGGUUCAGUACCCACCAGGCUAUUUGGCAGCCAUGGCUAACAAAACAAAGAAGGAGGCUUGCGCUAGGCCUGGUCGUGGCGGUCGCGGUAAGCACUAUCCUGGAAGGGGGAGGCCACGGAGACGCAAGAUUAAAACGAAAGAGGAGUUGGAGGAGGAGGAGGAGGGUUUGGAGGAGGAGGAAGCGGAGGAGGGGGAAGAGCAGGGGGAUGAGCCUCCAGAAGCCCAGAUGCAAGAGGACGCACCACAAAGUAACGGAGAUCAGAAGACAACCGGAGAAACUGAAUCCUCACCAGAAACCGAGCCUCCGCCUAAACGUGUUAAGAUAGAGGAGACCUUCCAGCUGACUGAGCAGCAACAGCAGCUGAUCCAGGAUGACACCACCAACAAGAAGCUCUGGGAUGAAGCCAUGGAGCACAUUAAAGAGGGACCGAAUUUCCUGCGAAAGCUGGAGCAGAUCUUCAUGUGCGUCUGCUGCCAGGAGCUGGCCUUCCAGCCCAUCACCACCGUCUGCUCACACAACGUCUGUAAGACUUGUCUGCAGCGGUCGUUUCGGGCAGCAGUGUACACCUGCCCCGCCUGCCGCCACGACCUGGGCAAAGACUAUGUCAUGAACCAAAACAAGAAGCUGCAGAUUCUGCUCGACCAGUUCUUUCCCGGCUACAGCAAGGGCCGAUGAGAUCCAAUUUACACGUAUGGAUAGAAUACAUGCACAUAAAGCAUCCGUUCUGCGCACCCUCGUAUACUGUCAUAUACUUAGAAGCUCCACUUUGAAACGCGUUGCACUCACAUAAUGUACUUACCCACGGGCAAUUGUAUUUUGCAUUUACAGCCAUCUUAUGUAUACAAUCAUUUACACACAAACCACCUCAGUUAGAAACUGACCUCAUCUGCUGAACUUGGAUCGUCUCCAUUUGCAUCACCAGCCUGAAAAAUUCAGACAGAGGACAUUGCCUCACCUCGCUACUCCAGCCACAAGACGUGGGCACAAAAACAAACGCACAAAAAGCCCUCUCACCCACAGACCUAUCAAGGUCUUUUCUCCUUUGCAGUUUUUUUUCUUCUUCUAUGUUGCCCGCUGGCUCUGUUAAUAAGCAGUACAUUGUUUGGGUGCACAUUCAUGCUUGAAACGUUUAAAUUCCUGCCAACCUGCUUGCAUUUUACGUACCAUGUAUGCAGUUUUACACAAACGCGCAGAGGCAAUUGAAAGGACUCUCUCCCUUGCCAGGUGGUGGUUUAUGGUGCUAGAGAAGGGCAAGUCUGCGUGAGAGAUUCUCAAAACAAGGAGUUUUACACACUAUUUUAUAAAAAUGAAGCACUAUAUUAGUGACUCGGGCUGUAGGCUUGUUUCUAGGCUAGUCUGGUGCAUUUUCCUGCAUCAUGUUUGGUGCUCGUGUCACUUGGAAUCGUCUAAUUUCUUUCUAUUGAACUAACAGGAAUAAAUGAAGCUUCACCAAGGUCAUGGGAGAAGAAAACGUAAAUAAAGAGCUGUUUCUACUUUUCUUUUACUAAAUGUAAAAGUACAGACCUAUCAGAGUGGUAAAGAUUCCACUCUAAAUGAAAUGGAGCAGGCAUUUCUUGGCCAUCAGAAGAAUACCCUUUGGUAUUUCUUUUCAUUUACCGCUCUGAUGCUUAGUUUUUUUUUUUUCUCGCAGUGGCAUCUUGAGAGGCCAGCCUGUGUUUGUCCUUGAUGUUACCAGGUAACCACUUUCAAGUCAGACCGUUUUCAUAGCUAUUUUGAUCAAAAUGUUCACAGCAAAUAUUUCUCUGCUGUUCUUCGACGUGUUGCAAUAACUGUCUACUGGAGAGCUUUUGGCUUCUGAAAAGUAGCUUCAUAAGUAGUCGCACAGCCAUAUGUGGAUACGUUUGUCACAUUCCAGCCAGAAAAUCGUGCGUCUCAGAUUGUGGGAAUUGACAGUUUUACAAAGGCAGCACAUUCCUACUCCCUGUACUAUCUUUGUGGGGUAACCCACUGCAAGUGGCUCAGGCAGCCUGCUGAAGCCCCCACCCCCACCCCCACCCACCUCACUUACUGUGACAAAGAAGUGCAUGUUUGACCCGUUGGACACCUUUACCAUUAAUACCUGAAAGAGGGAGAGAUGGGUUAGUAUUGUAAGCUUUGUCAGUGUUAGCCAUGGUCCAGUUCCUGGUAUGAAGAUAUGCCCCACUUUUAAAAUCAUUUGGUUAGUUGUCUAUUAUUUUGCAGCACCGCACACACUGCCUAAUAGCUGGCUGAAGGAAAGCUUAUACACAUCCUAUCUUACAAGAAAGAAACAUUUAGUCUUUUAAAAAUAUUUGCAUCUGUUACGCCGCUGACUGCAGGCUAGCUACCCCAGGAGAUAGACCAAUUAACUACACCAAAAAAAGAAAAGAAAAAGGGUAUAAUAUGACUUAAUUUCUUCCAAUUUGGAACAGUUAUUCCUACUGUGAUAUUAAUGUGAUCUAUAACAGACUUUAGCAAAAACAUUUAGAAAAAUAAACACUAAUUUAGGUAUAAGAGACAAUUUUAGGUGGUUAAUGAGUCGCGCUAUCUGCAGAGUUUGCCAGUCAGCUCUUCUGCUUAACAAAUAUGCGAUACCUAGCUGCCAAAAGCAAUAAAAAAAACCCACAUACUUAGUGAGCUAUUUAAUUUCCACAACUUAUUUACCCUUGUAUGAAUUUGCCUCCUUUCAUCUAGCUUUCACCAGUGCGUAGCAACCGCUUCGCUACGUGCUUUGUACAGCUGCAAUGUCUGCAAUGUCACCCUGGCUUGUUUUUUCACAUAAAAUUACAUCGACUUUAAACUCUAGGAAUGAUGCGACAAAAGUCCAGCAUAUGUCUAAGCAUUUUUUUUCCCUAAUUAUAACAGAAUAAACCUAAAACAGGUGGAUACUGCGUGUUAGACUUUAGGCAAAGUGAGAACAGUAAACAGGAUGUCAGACCAAAGAGAAGAGCGGCUCCAUCACAGCACUGAAGUGGUCAUUAACCUUUUAGAUGAUCUAAAAUGAGCCGAUCAGAAAUGCAGUUCUGUGGCCUUAAAUAUUAUACAAUAUACUAAUUUUAGUGACUACAUCCCAACAGAAUUCAUUGCAAAACUGCAUGAGUUCUGUCACGAAAAAUACCUAAAACAGAAAGCUCUCUGCUGCUGAUUAUUUCAUUAUGUCAUGCAUUUUUUUUGCUGACAUUGCAAAAGAAAAAAAUAUUAGUAUAAAUAUUACUCAAGAAUUACAAAUGCAAAACUAUUUUAAAAUACAUAACUGUUAGAUAAACUCAAUAGGAGGCAGAACAUAUUUUUUUUGUACUGCUAGUGUACAGACUAAAAAUGAUUUAUAACUAGAAAAUGAUUUUUUUAAAAUAUGUUUUAUGUGCACAGAUCCUAGAAAAAUGUGUUGCCCAAAAUAAUAACUUUGCAUCGUAUGUCCAUUGGCUUCCAAAUAAAUACAAAAAAGGUAUAAACUAAGCUCACACUGUCCGAAAUUAAGCUUAACUAUAAAUGCAUUUAAAAACUAAUAAUUAAUUCUUAACUCAUUUUAAUUGCUGUAAGAAUACAGCUGCAGUAUAUUGUAAAGAUCUUAAAGUAGAUUCUUUUUCACUUUUAAUUUUUUUAUCCUUUUAGGUCACAUUGACUUAGACAUUUUUCAAAGUUUUAUAACCCAAAGCGUGUAACUCUUACAUGUUUAAAUUCUGUCGUCGUCAUCUUUGCCCACUGUAUCGAGUCAUCAAAUAUUACUAGGUGUCUUUUUUAUAUAGAUUAGAACAUUUGAACGUAAUUGGUUGUUCUGUUGUAACUGAGAUUUGUGCCUGCUUGUAUGGUACUUGAAAAUGUCCCAGGUUGGCAGGUUUAAUGGGAACCAAAUCAAAUGUGAUGGAGAGCAGAGGCAGAGUUUCUGCACCGAUCCGUAACGUGGACAGAGGUCACCUGCAGUGCCGCAGUUCAGAUAAUAUACCAGAUCAGUUUUUUGUUUUUUUUUAUGUUUGGGGAAAACGUAGCCCAUGUUUAAUAGCCAGCGCAUAAGUCUUUGUGAGGCUGAAUUAACGACACUUUUGUUCAUUAAGCCUUCACGCACACACUUCUGUUGAUAUGCAAGUCAGCGACCGGUUGUUCAUCAGCAGGCUGUUUGUUUAUGGUGAUGUCCUCGUUUCUGUUCAGUCAUUCAGGAUUUUUUUUUUUUUAUGAGUAACAUGCAAGUACAAAUGCUACUACAGUCUUUAAAGCUCAAUGUGAUGUGCAUUAUCUUGAGAUUAUUUUUUUUCCUGCAUUGACUGGCUAGCUAACAGCCCUCCUUUCUCUCUGCUGUGACCUUUGCCCCUUUUCUGCUCUCCGUGAACUUAUAGUACUAACUUCUAGACGUCUUGUGGACGCUUGGCUUCAGUGCUGUGUUUUUUUUUUUUGUUUUUUUUUUAUUGCACUCUAUUAAAAAAUUUUUGAGCAAUCACAUUUAGGUUUUCUAGAAUGCUUAUUGUUAUCUCUGUCCAUACUCUGAUUUUCUACUUUUUUUCUUUUUUAGUUGCUUAUGUUGUUUUAAUCAGUUUUGUUGGCAGCCUCAAAUAUUUGCAGCACAUGCCAAUCUGAAAAGUUUCAUUGCUUCAUAUUGUGAUCUGAAAUUUUAUACAUGUCAUAAUACUUGAUAUGUACCAAUUAAAUAUUUGGAUUCCAGAAAA